AUGAUGACCAAAGACUAUGAUACCAAAAUAUCCCACAACCAAAUUCCAAACUACAACAACAAUUUUGCCACCCGAUUACUUAAACUCCACCUCAUCGAUCGAUACACUGCCACCAAGCUAAAAACUACCACCGCUACGUGCCCGAGGAUAUACGGACAGCCAAAGGCACACAAGCAGAACGUUCCUCUCCGACCAGUAGUUCCCGGUAUGACCAAUCCAUGCUAUCAACUCUCCAAAUACAUCUGUUGCAUUCUGCAAGCAUCGAUGGAAUCAAAAUACAACACGAAAGACUCUUUCUCUUUCUGUCGGGAAAUCAGAGAUACGGACAUACCACACAACCACAUAAUGGUCUCAUUUGAUGUGAUAUCUCUGUUUACCAACAUCCCCAGGGACUUGGUGAUUAGGGAUAUUAUAAACAGAUGGGAUACGAUCAAGCCGCACACUAAGAUCAACCUGGAUCUUUUCUUGGAAAUAGUCUCUUUCUGUAUGCAUGCCAGUUACUUCGUUUUUCGUGGGACCCACUACAUUCAGAAAGAGGGUACAGCUAUGGGGAGCCCUCUCUCACCGAUACUGGCUGACCUUGUUAUGGACACACUGUUAGAUAGUGUUCAAAAACAACUCAGCUACACGAUACCUACGCUCCGAAAGUACGUUGAUGAUCUAUUUCUCAUCGUACCAGCUGAUCAACUCCAACACACGUUGAAUGUUUUUAACGGAUACCACCACAACAUACAGUUCACGUGCGAAGAAGAAUGUGAAGGCAAACUCCCAUACCUUGACAUGACUGUGAUAAGGCAACCAGACAACACGAUCCAAACUGAAUGGUUUAUUAAACCUAUUGCGUCGGGACGUUUGUUGAACUUCAACUCCAUUCAUCCUCUCUCACAGAAAAUUGCUAUCAUGCAAAAUUUCAUCGACAGGGUCAACAAAUUAUCAACAAUUAUGGAUGAAGACACGAAAAGGACGAUAAUCACCAAACAUUUACUGAUAAAUGACUUUCCUCGUCAUUUGAUCAAUAGAUGUUUAAACCGUACCAACUGGAAUAAUAAUCUACCAAUCACUAAGCCAUCCCAAGACACAAACAACAACAACAAUAUCACUACGUACCGAUCCAUCCCAUCCAUACCACUCCUAUCUCAGCAAGUUAUAAGACUUUUUAAGGAAACGUACCCAACAGUUAAAGUCACAACCAGAAGUACCAACACCGUAAACAAACUGUACACCAGAAUCAAGGACCCGGUUCCAUUCCUCGAUCAACACUCAGUCAUCUAUCGUGUGAACUGCCAAUGCAACUGGAACUACAUAGGCAUGACAGGCAGUUUGCUCAAAAAUAGAUUGGCUAAACACCGCAGCAACAUCAAGCAACUGAAUCAGCUGAUCGAACAAGGAUACACAACCCAAGACGAGAAAAUGCAGGCGAUGAAAACUACAUCUACUGCUCUUAUCACGCAUUUAUACAAAGCACAGUUGACAGUGACACAGUGUAACUACCGAUAG